UUGAUCUACGGGCAUGAUGUUGCGAGAAGAAGGCUUGUGUUAGCCGAACGGAAAACCUUAGUGAAAAAUAUAAAAUUCCAACAGAAAUGUUAUCGUCGUAAAUAUAAUAUAAAAGUUGGGCUAUGCUAAUGCUUUCGGUCGUAAUGUAAAAUCAUUGGAAGACAACCGCAGUUAAAUAUAUUGUGGUGAAGAUUGUUCAAUAAUUCCUUAGAAAAUUACCGAAUUUAAGGAAAUUGAAUUGUUGAACCGAGAUUUUUUCCUUAAACAAUUAGCGUAAUUAAAUUGGUUAAAGAAGGUUGUCGCGUGUGUCAGAUUAAAAAUUAAUUUUUGACUUACAGACUUUAACUAACUUGUCACUUGGAAGAAGACUGUGAGGGGGACGAUAUUGUUACCAAAUGGAUUGCCCCCAGCAAUAAAUCACAUUUUAAUUUAAUCUCAUCGGGAUUAAGCAAACUCAAAUCCGAGAAAAUUAUUUAAAAAACGGUUAAAUCAGCGAGUUUAUGUUAACGAUUUGUCUCGGGGAAAGUGAUGCGGAUUUUCCGUUGGUAGUGGUUUUUUUCUGAUUGUGUUCUUCCUAAAAAUAAAAUCUCGUGUUUAAACUGACAGGGAUAAUAAAGUGGUGUAGAACUGAGCGCGUAUAAUGUUAAAAAUAUGACAACGCAAUGAAUAAUUUAUCUAUAACACUGGCGAAACAAUAAAUUAUGGACGAAACACAAGACAGUCCGUCUUAUAGUUAUAGCACGACAAUAGUACUAUGGACAACGAAUUCAAACAUUUACAUUGAUGGCAUUGAACAGCCACCGAACGGUACCCGCAUUGAUCAAUCACUUUCGGACGAUGAAUUAUUACAAACAUCAAGUGAUAAUUUAUCAACGAAAGAUUUAAACAAUUACUGGGCACUGUUGGCGCUAGUUUUGGUACUGGGUACAGCAGCCGGCAAUAUUUUAGUAUGUUUGGCAAUAGCAUGGGAGAGACGAUUGCAAAAUGUUACCAACUACUUUUUGAUGUCUCUGGCCAUAACGGAUUUGAUGGUUGCCAUAUUGGUGAUGCCGCUGGGAAUAUUGACCCUUGUGAAAGGUUAUUUUCCAUUACAGUCCGAACACUGUUUAGUGUGGAUAUGUUUAGACGUAUUAUUUUGUACAGCUAGUAUUAUGCAUCUGUGUACCAUAUCGAUUGAUAGAUAUUUGUCACUACGCUAUCCAAUGCGCUUCGGUCGGAAUAAAACGAGGAAACGAGUGACCGUUAAAAUAAUAUUCGUUUGGCUGUUAUCGAUUGCAAUGAGUUUGCCGCUUUGUUUAAUGUAUUCAAAGGAUCACGCUUCGGUCCUUGUGAAUGGAAUAUGUCAAAUACCAGACCCGGUUUACAAGCUUGUCGGAUCCAUUGUGUGCUUUUACAUACCGCUUGGUGUUAUGUUAAUUACCUAUUGCUUAACUGUACGAUUGCUAGCGCGGCAGCAGCAAAAUUUGGGUGGCAAUCAACAGCAGAAUAGUGGCUGGUCAAGUGGAUGGCUCGGUCAAGCUCCUGCUAUAGAACGUAGAUGUACAUGGCGGCGUCUACUGAAAACUAGUCUUCCGUCAACACCGAGUCAUGCUCACUCAGCCACAUCGACAGAUACCGAACUGUCUACUCUCGAUACACAUGAACUCUGGCUGCCAGACUCAAGCAUUCCAGAACCCACUCCAUCAACGAUGACUGCACUACAUCAGUUCGGAGCCGAAAUGCUAAAAUUAUCUCGAGGGUUGGAAUCCGUUUCAGCCGUUGUAACAUCAUCGCCGCCAACAAAACCGAAUUUAAAUACUGUAGAACGUAGGCCCACGGCUGUAGUACUGAAUAGUGUACCCACUUCACCAUGCAUAAGACUGAAGAAACGUCGUGCGUCUCAUGCUACAUGGAAUGCUGCGUUGAGUCAACCAGAAAGUCCUACCACAAAUCAUCAACGGAAGCGUUUCAACUCACUACCACGCACGUUAACGAGCAUUGACAAUCCCAACGAUGGAGCACCGAAGGAAAAGGAUUACAAAAACAAAAAUAACGAAAAAUUCAAAAAUCAAUUAAACAAAAAGGAAGCCUUCGAUCUGGUGCCGCCACCGUGCACGUGCCCGUAUUUCGGUGAUACGCCCCAUCAUAAUACAUUGAAACCGGCCGAAGUGAAAAUCAUCACUACUUCGCGGAGUUUUCGAACGACGUCAAGCAGUUUGCACGAUACAACCAUGCACAGUUUGUCGAUUUCGAAUUCCACUUCGAUGUCCAUUGCAACACCGACCACAUCAACGUCACCGUCGAAGACUUCGCUACAAUUACUUCCGGUACCGCCGACACCACCCGUACGGAAGCACAGCUACUCGAAAAGUAAUUCGGUUGUUACGUGGGACACAAAGCGCAAUCAACGGCGAGGCUCCAGUUUUGGAGGAGUUAAGACAACGUUGCAGAGUACUUCACUGCUUCUAACACCAAAUAAAACUUCGUCUUCAACAUCGCCACUGCGCCGAUCGGCUACGCUUCGCAACCACAACAAUAUCAUCAAUAACAGCGAUCCCAAUCUAAAUCAUAUCAAAACCAUCAAAGGUGCCCCCUCGUCGCCAUGUCUACUGCAACGCAGUGCAACCAUACGAUCGCAUCAUUCGCGCAAUUCCAGUGUCAUAUCACGGAAUUCGUCUCGUCACGGUCGCAUCAUACGCUUGGAACAGAAAGCGACCAAAGUUCUCGGCGUCGUGUUCUUUACGUUUGUGAUAUUGUGGGCACCGUUCUUUGUGCUCAAUCUGUUGCCGUCGUUGUGUCGUACAUGUGAGGAGAACAUGAGCGGCUGGGUGUUCGAUGUGGUGACAUGGCUGGGCUAUGCCAGUUCGAUGGUGAAUCCGAUAUUCUAUACAAUAUUUAAUAAAGUGUUUCGACAAGCCUUCAAAAAAGUGCUACUGUGUCAGUACGGCAAGACGAAAUGGCGUCCGCAGAGAUAGCAAAUUGUGAUCAAUAAUAAAGUAAUCAAUCAUUAAAAAUGUAGUCAAAAAUAUUAUUAUAUAAAUUAUGUGAACAACGUGUAUACAUACAGAGGGAAAAAACGAGGGCGGCGAACAGUAAGUCUAAUACAUAAAUAUAAUAUAUAACAAAACACAUAAUAGAUGAUGCAAACAACCAUAGUAUUAUUACUCUGAUGUAGCCAGUAAAACGUUGGUGAUUAUUAUAUAAUAUUCUAGAAAUUGAAACAGAAAAAUUUGUUCAAUUAAAAUUUUUGUAUAUGACCUUCGGUAUACCCAACAGUUGAUGUGUAUGUGUGUGUAUGUAUACUACCCCCACAUAUAGUCUAAUUCAUAGAAGCGAUAUCAUCUUAAAUGUUAUAUAUUUAUACAAAUCCCAAUGGAAACUGCAGUAAAUACCGAAAAAAAAUUAUUUUUGAAUAAUAAAAAUCAACACUCAAUUUUCUCACUUCGGUAACGGUAUUAUGGCCGUCAUUUUCUUGAACAAUGCCACAUGCGUUGAAAACCGUACUUUUCAUAU